AUGGCUCGCAGGGGCACCACGUCAGAGCACACGACCGCUGACGCCAUGGAUGAGCGCAAUCGCAUCUGGACCACGGGCAGUCUAAAUCAUGGCUUCUUUCACGAGAAUCUACAGCAGCAGCCACUGCCCCUGCAGAGACAACAGACACCAGGUGCUCUGAGCCUAUUGUCCGCACCGGUUCGUGCCACAAGCGUUGAUGGAAACGGCAUGGGCAAUGGCCAUGCAUCGGCAUCGGCAUCGGCAUCGGCAUCGGAGAGCAAGCAGCUGCCUUACCAGCGCAUAAGCCCAAAUCUGAUUGGGAUUCAAUCAAAAUUUCGACGCAGCUACUACCACAAGGUCGUGCUGGGUGCACUGCUGGCACUGGUAAUCCUUAUGCUCAUAGCAAUCAUAGUUCUAAGCGUAUCCAUUAAGAAAUCGAAUCCAAUUUGCCGCAGUCGGGAGUGCAUCCGCUCAGCGGCCAGCCUCAUCUAUGCGAUGGACGAACAGACUGAUCCCUGCGAGGACUUUUACAAAUUCACCUGCGGCCGCUGGGCCGAGGAGCAUCCGCGGCCGGACUCCGUCACCUCCAACGACUGGUUCCGGGAGCGACAGGCGCACAUAAUGCGGCUGGUGCGCGAAUUUCUGCGCUCAAACAUCAGCAGCGAGGAGCCACAGGCCGUGGGCAAGGCCAAGACCAUGUACAGGGCCUGCAUGGACACCAAGCAGUUGGAUGCGCGGAAUCUGGAGCCACUGGUCGGGUAUCUGCUGCGCUUCCAGCUGCCCCUGCUGCCCACGUCCCUCAAUCUGACGCUGGGCAGUGAGUCCAAGUACGCGGCGCAGGCGUCAAAUGCCAGCUACAACUGGCUGGAGUCCCUGGUGGCCAUCAAGCAGCAUCUCAGCAUGGAUCUGAUCAUCGGCUUCGAUGUGUUUCCCGAUCCCUUCAAUCGCACCAUCAAUCGCAUAGCGCUGGGCACACCCGAAACAGAGUCAGCGUUCCCAUUCAACAACGAUGACUCGCACAAGCUGCUGCGCAAGAUCCACCGAAAGACCAUAUUCGCGCAGAACAGCGACGAGGACGACAGCGAGGAUGAGCUCGAGAGCGAUGAGGAGGAAGCGGCCAAGCAAACGAGCGCUGGCAUGUCCGCCUACCUCAACUACGUACGCAAGGUCAUUGAGAAGUAUUUGCUGUACGUGGAUCCCGAUGUGAAUCAGGAGGAGGCCACGCUGGGCAUCUCGCAGCUGGUCAAGCAGGGCGUGAAAGUAGCCAGGAAAAUCCACGAGCUCAAGGAAGAAGCUGAAAACUCUACGAAACCUUCGAAGAACCCAGCAGAUGACAUCAUCUACAUGUCGCUGUUGGAGCUGCAGAACCAAACGGACAAGAACAUUGCCCCGAGGACGCUGCCCAUUUGGCUGCGGUACAUGGAGCUCAUACUGAGGGGCACGCGGCAUGCGGGCAACAGCCACAUGAGCACCGAUCUGACGAUCAUCACCAGCCAGGCGGACAUCCUGUACCUGCAGAACGUGGUGCAGUAUCUGGAGGAGACGCCGGAGUCGCACAUUGAGUCCUACCUCUGGCUGAGCACCAUCGAGGAGUUGGUGCUGCACACGACCAGCUCCAUGCGGCUGCUCCACUCGGAGUACAUGCGUCUGGCCAUCGGCACGGAGGGCAGCACACCACGAUCCCUGUACUGCGCCAAUGGUGUGAACAGUCUCUUCGGCAUGGCCGUCAGCUAUGUCCUGGCGGAUGAGGAGUUCACCAGGGAGAAGCUGCCGCGCGUGGAGCGCAUGCUGAGCGACAUACGGCGAGCCUUCGAUCGAUUGGUGCGCUCCACGUCCUGGAUGGAUGCGGCAACCAAGCGAAAGACCAUGCAAAAGUCCGCGGAGAUGAAGAGCUUCAUUGGCUUUCCCUCGUGGCUGAGGAAUGGCACGGCGCUGAAUGCGUUCUACCGGGGGGCAGAGGUGAAUGCCAGCAUGCACCUCGAGAAUCUCAUGGGCUUCGUGCACUGGCAGAUGAUGGAGAAGCUCAACGAAAUGGAUAAGCCGGAGCCAAUUGGUUGGGCAACCUCGCCCUCCAAUGUCAAUGCCUUUCACACAUUUCAAUCGAAUGCUAUAACGGUUCCCAUUGCCAUUUUGCAGUAUCCUUUUUAUGACCUCGGCCUCGAGGCUUUGAAUUACGGCUCGAUUGGCACCAUCCUCGGGCACGAGCUGACCCACGGCUUCGAUGACAGCGGGCGGCGCUUCGACCGGGCAGGGAACAUGGUCGAGUGGUGGUCCAACCGGACCAUCAGCGAGUACAUCAACCGCACAGAGUGCUUCGUGGAGCAGUACAGUCGCUACCAUCUCGAUGACAUUGAUGAAUUUAUCGAUGGAGAGCUGACGCUGGGCGAGAACAUUGCCGACAAUGGUGGCAUGCGUGAGGCCUUCUACGCCUACCGCCUCUACGUCAAGGAGAUGGGCAGGGAGCGCUCGAAGCUGCCGGGGCUGGAGCACUACACACACGAGCAGCUCUUCUUCAUUGCAUUUGGCAAUCUCUGGUGCGAGACGUACACCCCAGCAGCCUCUCGCUACGCACUCAGCGACUCCCAUUGCCCCGGCCAGAUGCGACUGCGGGGCGUCCUGUCCAACUCGGAGGAGUUUGCGCGGACUUUCAGGUGUAAGCGCGGCACGGCCAUGAAUCCCCAUCAGCCCAAGUGUCGCAUAUGGUGAAGGGUACACUCGGGGGCACACGCAAACAGGAACAGUCAAGUGAUUUUUCUACAUCUAUGAGCUAAGAAUUUAGUUUUUAGAUCAAUUAUACAUAUACAGGAUGUGUCUAUUGCACGGUUCCUUGGCCCAAAUCCCCGCACAU